AUGAAAGGCUUUGCUGGUCAUGAAGAAGAAAGAGUUCCUAAUGCCACCAAGGCUGUGAAGAACAGGGGAUUCAGGGGACGAAGGGUGCGGAAGCCCCGGGGCGGAGGCACCAUCUGGCCAGAUGUCCAGCGCCAGCGUUUCAGGCAAUUCCCCUACCAGGAGGUCAAGGGGCCCAGAGAGACCUGCAGCCAACUCCACCGUCUUUGCCGUCAGUGGCUGAAGCCAGAAAGGCGCAACAAGAUGGAGAUGCUGGACUUGGUGAUCCUGGAGCAGUUCCUGGCCGUCCUGCCCCCGGAGAUGGCGAGCUGGGUCAGGGAAUGCGGGCCAGAGAGCAGUUCCCAGGCAGUGGCCCUGGCAGAAGGCUUCCUUCUGAGCCAGGCAGAGGACAAGAUGCAGGAAGAGCAGACCACUGAUUCCCCUGAGGCAGAGAAAAGUCCAUUGGACACCAGAAAAAGACCAGUUCUCAAUGGGACAUCACAAGAGGAUGAACACCUGGGUAAGACGAAUUGA